UUAAAGAAACUUUGAAUAAGUGUUAAAUUUAUAUACCGAUUUAUUCAAAUCAAUUCUGCACAUAUGGUAGCAUUAACUUUGGGGCGCACCGCAAAAAGCCGAUAGUAGAAAGAAAAUUUUUGUAAAUAAUUAUAAAUGAUUUAUAAAUAUAAAAUAAAAAUUCUUUGAUGUCUAGUAAGCGUAAGGAUCCUUGUAAAGCUAACGCAUGUAAAAUACAGGCCUGCUUGAGUGAAAACCAUUAUCAGGAAAAUAAAUGCUUGGAGGUUUUGGAGCAAAUGCGUCUUUGUUGUUUAAAGUGGCAUAAGGAAUCAAAUUGUUGCUCUGGUAUAAUUUUAGAUAGAAGUUAUUUGCCUGAAAAAGAACAAAAACAGAAGUGAUACCAGCAAAGAU